GGCGAUUCCCCCCAGGGGCCUUGCAGGCCUGCCCCAGAAAGGGGUCUUGCCAGACUUCCUGCCCUUAGGAUCCCCCUCCUUUCUAAACUCUGGGCACUCUCACUGCUCCAGAGCAGUAAUUAUGGGUUUCCUGCACUCUGCUCUGUGCUGUGUCAGGUUCGAUCUCCAUUAAAGAAAAUAGAGGAAAGGGGGAUUUAGGUUACAUCGAAGUGAAAACGAGCCCUCAUGGGACAGAGGAAAGAGCUUUCUCUCUGUAGUGCAGUAGGAUACUCCCAACUGAGAGCAGUCUUUUAGCUGGGUCUUAUGGUCACAUUGUUUAUUUUGCCUACAAUGGCUCGUUACCUAAACCGGGCCAGAGUAUCCCUGAUAAUGUACACAAGGUUAAAAGAAAAGCAUUAAAAACUGGUAAUUCUGGAAAGUAUUGUGAUGGUUCUAAUUCCACAAAAAUCAAGAGAAGAAAUUCUACCAGAGUACGCAUUUAUCGGGAGUAAAGACGACCCAAAUCGCAAAGGAGGAAAUGGUUGUAAAUAACUUGAAGGCGCAGAACACAGAUUCCUUCAAAACGAGAUUUUUUUUAGGAGGUCGUGAAAAUGGCUUUAAAGUUAGGUGCCCUAUUCCGCUGACAAUUCACUUGACGUUUGAUCAAGUCAAUUGACGUUUGAUCAAGUGUCAAAUGUGGGGAAUGAAACGUUAUCACAAAUAGGUAAGAUUUCGAUGAGCUAAAGAGUCGGGGCUGGGUCCCACCCGGUAUCGAGGAUCCUUUCCCUGGCUGCUAAUGCGGGUGACGACAGCGGAACUCUAGGCCUAAGGCGGACCUCGCGGGGCCGGGGCCGGGCAGGCGGGCCACGCAGAGGGAGUGCUGGGGCCGAAGGUCGAAUGCGGCCGCCAAGGUUCCCUGCGGCGCACCUGUCCGCUCAGGUAUCUCCACCGGAUAUGCGCCCCAGCCAGUCCGCCCUCCCGGAAGCUCGGCCUCCAGACGCUUGGCUUCCGGUUCCGCCGGCUCCUUCCGGUCACCAUGGCGACAGGGCGCCUGGGGGUCGGAGAAACGCUAGGGGCCCUCAACACGGCCCUGGGGCCUGGCGAGCCCGUGUGGUUUAAGGAGACGCGUGCCCGCCACCUGCGCGCCCGAGACUUCCUGGCGCCGCGGCCCGCGCUGCAAGCGCGCUUCGGGGACGGACAGGUGCCCGAGCAUGUGGUCCGUGCGGUCGCCGGCUUGCAAGGCCCCGGCGUGGCCCCGGUGCUGCGCUGCGAGCCGACGCCCGCGGGUCUGGCACUCCAGCUGCAGCGGCCCGCCGUCUUCGAGCGCGUGCUCGGCGCGGUGACCGCCUAUGCCGCGCCCGCCGCGCCCGCCGCGCCCGGCCCGCUCGUCGUCCUGCACUGCCCGGCGCUGCGCGGCGCCCUUGGAGCGCUCCGCUUGAGCCAGCUGCGCGCCGUGCUCGUGGCCGAUCAUUUGGCGCGAGCUCUGCGCGCUCAUGGGGCGAGUGUGCGGCUGGUGCCCGCGGUGCGGGACCCGCACAUGCGGACCUUCCUGCAGCAGCUGCGCGUGGACUGGCCUGCUGCCUCCGAGAAAGCCGCCACCGGAGCCCUGAGGAACCUCCCGCUGGCAGGGCUUAGCCCCGCCCCGGAUGGAGGAGCCUUGCCCCCUGGCGUCCUGGGCACAGUGUGUCUGAAGGAGGUGAUGCGAGAGCGGGGAUGCGCAGCUGGCUAUGACCCCAACGUGGACAAGUGUCUGGUGACCGAGGAUCUGCUCUCCGUGCUGGCAGAGCUGCAGGCAGCUGUCCGCCACUGGCCUGGGGACGGCCCUCGGGGCCUGGCCGCGGCCCCAGAUGCUGAUACUGACGGCUGCAUGGUCCUACACGUGGUGAGCUGUGAGGAGGAGUUCCAGCAACAGAAGUUGGACUUGCUCUGGUGGAAGCUGGAUGAGCAGGCUCCUCGCACACAGAAGCACCUGGUCUGUGGCCCAGUGAAAGCAGCUAGUGCCCUGACGGCCCCUGAGUACUAUGACCUCCGGCAUGCCCAAGUGUGCAAGGCGGCAGCCCUGAAGCGUGGCAGGGAGCUCAGCCAAGACCCAACCUGGACAGAGGUCUUCAGCGUUCUGUCUGCAGCCACCAUCAAGUUUGAGAUGCUCAGCACAGCUCCACAGAAUCAGCUCCUCCUGGCCCUGGCCGAUGGCAGCAUUUCCACAAAGGGCACCAAGAGCGGCACCUUCGUCAUGUAUAACUGUGCCCGUCUUGCCACACUAUUUGAGGGGUACAAGCACAGCACGGAACAAGGUCUGUACCCCGCUUUUCCACCUGUGAGCGGUCUCGAUUUCUCACUGCUACAGGAUGAGGGCGAGUGGCUGCUGCUCUUCAAUGGCGUGCUCCCCUUCCCAGAGCUGCUGAGCCAGACCGCAGCCCUGGCGUGCGCAGCCCCAGGGCUCCACGCGACUGCGCGCACUGAGAUGAUGUGCAAGUUCCUGGUUCAGCUCAGCAUGGAUUUCAGCUCAUACUAUAACCGCGUACACAUCCUAGGGGCCCCUUCUCUCUUCCAGGAGCCUCGACCACACCUGUUUGGUCAAAUGUUUGCCCGUCUCCAGCUUCUGCGGGCUGUGCGUGAAGUGCUCCAUGCUGGCCUAGCCACGCUGGGUCUCCCUCCACUGAACCACAUCUAAGGCCACAGAGAUCCCGAUAUCUAGGAAUGUUUACAAAAGUCAUCACCUGGAAAAAAGAUACCAAGAUCUUAUUAGAGACGUGGAGCCACAAUAAAUUGCUUCUGUUCUAUACAAA